AUGGCGGCCAUUGUUUGUGAUUCCAUCUCUUUGCCUGCUAGCCACAUCAACCGUGAUGGAAUAUUAUCUGUGCUACCAGAAGACAUCCUCCAGCAAAUCCUCUCUUCUCUUACGCUGAAACAGAGAGCAAUAGCUUCCCUUGUUUGUAAAAGUUGGCAUCAGAUGAUAACAUCAUUGGACGACCGCAAAUUUGUGCGAACACAUUCUACAAAGAUAUACUGUGGAUACUGCUAUUAUUAUCACAACAACUGUCAAUGCAGCUAUCGCGUCGAGCCAGUUAUCAAAUUUGCUGCUGACAACAUGAGUUUCACAGAAUUCUAUUUGUUCGUACGUAGUUCUUACUAUUACAUGUCUACGCAAACUUUAGAGUCAAGUUUAUUAACCGUUCUCCAUUUAAAAGGAGAUUGCAACUUGAACUUUGUUAGAGAUAUUAAGGAAUUGACUUCAUUGAAAGAGAUAUAUUUUGAUUCUGUUCGCAUCUCUCCAGACACCUUCUCCAAGUUCAUGAGCAAGUGCCCUUCCAUGGUUGAGUUAACUUUGAUACGUUGUUACGACCUUCAUUCCAUCUCAGUGCCUCAUCUGAAUCAACUUAAAAAGGUUCAUGUGAAUUGUCGCAGUAGAUAUAUACAAACAAUAGAAAUAAAAGCUCGAAAUCUGUUGGAGUUUCACUUGUUUAUUUCCUCAUCAGCAGCAAAAGAGAAACUUGAUCUAUGCGCUUGUACUAAGCUGCAAGUCCUGAAAAUAGAUUCUGAAUACAUUCCCAUAGGAUUUCCUAAAGAUAUUUCCUUAGCAUUCCCGUGCCUUAAAUCCUUAUCUCUUCCUUUAUGUAAAGGAUUGAAUAAAAUCAAGAGUUUGAGGUUAAUUGACAGGGUUGACUUGGAUGAUGCUUUCAUUGUUAGUCCCAAUUUACGUUCGUUCAAGCUAAUAGAUAUUAAAAAAGUCCCAAGCUCGUGUACUGUUGCUGAAAAUUUGGGUGAAAAUAUCAGCUUGUCCUUGGAAACUGACACAACUGAAUCAAAGGCACAACAUUUUCUGUAA